ACCACAAUCAUGAGCGCUCUAAACAAUACCCAAAUCUUCACCAACGGCCGCCUCUUUCAUGAUGGCAAUACCGCUGCUGAUGCACAAUGGCAAUCGAGCAUGGUAGUGCGAGACGGGAAAAUUGCAUUCAUUGGAUCUGACAAUGCUCCAGAGAUCAAGUCGUUCCAACAAGAAUCUGGUGUGGAAGUCAAAGAUCUUCAAGGUCGACAUGUCCUGCCAAGCUUCAUCGACGCACAUAUGCAUCUGUUGAUGCUGGGACAAUCGCUUCACAAGGUGAACUUGGAUGGAUCGAAAGACCUAGAGGAGAUUCGAUCCAGGAUCUCGAAAUACGCCAAAGAAAAUCCCCACAAAGAGAGGAUCCUGUGUAUGGGUUGGAUGCAUAGCAUGACCAAUGGUGAAGCAAAGGCGAGCUUGCUCGAUGACCUGGAUCCUCGACCCAUCUAUGUCGACUCCAAAGACAUCCACUCGGUCUGGUGCAACAGUGCCGCUUUGAAAGAGAUGGGUGUACAAGACAUGGAGACUCCGGCUGGCGGCAUCAUAGAACGAGACGAGCACGGCAAAGUAUCAGGCUUGCUGGCCGAGGCGUGUGUGCUGUUGAUCGUAUGGCCGUACCUAGCUGAGGUUCUGCCAAUGGAGGAUAAAAUUGCCGCAUUGCAAGCGGCGGUUGAUGCAUAUCAUGCUGUAGGAUGCACCAGCUGCGUCGACAUGGCCAUGGACGAGAAUGCCUGGAAAGCUGUUCUGGAACUCAGGAAAGCCAAGGGUGGUUCGCUGCCACUUCGAAUCGCCGCUCAUUGGUGCAUAUUGCCUGGUGACGGCGAGGAAAAUCGUUUGAGGCAAGUCGAGCGUGCCAUCGAGCUCAACCGUCAGUUCAACAACGAUACAGAUCCUGAUCUCAGGGUCGUAGGCAUCAAGAUCAUCUGCGAUGGCGUUAUCGAUGCUUGUACAGCAGCUCUGGCGAAGCCGUACACCAACAAUGGUCAUUUCGAAGGACCCAUCUGGACGCCAGAGAUGCUCGAUCCUGUAGUGAAGAAGGCUGCCGGUGCCGGUCUGCAAUGUGCUCUGCACGCCAUUGGUGAUCAGGCCGUAACAACCGCCGUCAACGUACUUGAGAAACAUGGCAGACCUGGACAACGUCAUCGCAUCGAGCACUUGGAGCUCACGGCUCCAGAGGAUGCGAAGAGGCUUGGGCAGCUAGGGAUCACAGCAAGCAUCCAGCCCGUACAUUCAGAUCCGGCGAUCUUACGUGCAUGGCCAAAACUUAUUGGGCCGGAGCGCGUGAAGCGUGCUUUUGCAUACUCUGAGUUUGCAGACCAUGGUGCUGCGUUGGCUAUUGGGUCUGACUCACCUACUGCUCCUUACGCACCUCUGCCAAAUCUGUACGUUGCAACAACACGUAAAUCGGCCAGACAGCCUGAGGCCGGUGAUGCACCUGUAAACGGCAACUUCAGGCUGGAGCUGGCACAGGCUGUCAGUGCUGCAACCAGUGGAGCUGCCUGGUCAUGCUUUGCUGAGAAGAGGAUUGGAAGUCUGGAGGUUGGCAAGAUGGCAGAUUUCACCGUCAUCUGCACAGAGUGGAAAGGUGAAGAGUUAUUGAAUGCGAAGAUUGAGGAGACAUGGUUUGAGGGAAGGAGAGUGCUAAGGUAG